CCCCUCCUCUACCUUCCCGACUCCUCGCCCUACCCUCUCGCUCCCUGACCGCCGCAGUCGCUGCGCAAGCCCAGUUGAGGGCAUAUCGAGCAGGGCGAGGGUAUCUCGGAACAUGGGUCGAUAUUUCAUCAGGUCCCUCUCUCUCGCCGGCUCGCUUCUCGGUGCGGUCUGCAACCUCGCCUUUGCACUCCGUCUCCUCACCCUUUCGCGCUCGCUCGGUUGGGAAAGUGAGAGUGAGUGGGAGGGCUCAGUGGACGUCUGGGCAGUCGACUCUGUUCGGCUCGUCUGGGGGCUCCUCUUCGCCUACUUCGCCGCGGCCGCGGCGUCGUGCUCUAUCGGGUUCAUUGGAAUCGCCAAGCACGUCCGCCCGUUCGUGCGCAUCUACCGUGACUACUCAAUAGCGGACUUCGUGUUCGUGACCCUCGCCACGCUCGGCGUCAGCUACACAACAUUUAGCAAGCCGUAUGUACGGUCGUCGGUGUGCGAGGAGCUGUCGCGCCAUCCCGAGCUCAUGCGUGAUAUGGGUGAGAUGGGUCUUUCGCUGGAGAAUUGCGAGCAGUGGUUUGAGCGUGCCGUCGUCGCGGUGCUCGGUAUCAUGUUCAUCCUCAUUGUCGUCAGGCUGCACAUUGUCAUUGCGCUCUCGCAAUACUACAGCUACAUCUCCCGCGAGCUUCUUGCCGGCGUCAGGUCGCACAUUCUCGGGAUGCGCGCCAUCAAGACCGACGUUCCCCUUCAACGCAUCUAUCUCAUGCCUACGCCAACAUCGCCAUCAGCGUCGUCCGACGGACGUUCGCAUCACUUCUCGACGCCUACCAAAGAUAUCACUGUCUACGCAACAGUGCCCAUCGGCGCGAUGUCAGAGGAGGAUGCCCGCAAGAUGCACGCCACCCCAGCGUGGAUUACGACGAGCCCCGUCGCUUCCAGCUCAUCGACGCCGCGGUCACAUCGGCAUUCACACUCCCACUCUCAUUCCCAUGCGCGUCCGCACACCCACUCCCACAGGCACGCAAGUUCUCGGACGCUGAGCGACGAGAAGGCACCCACCCCAGCCUAAUCCGUUCUUUUCCGGUCUCCUUCGGGAUCCCUGGAGUUCCACGCUUCCUCGGCUUGAAUGGCGUCAGUCCCUUACUGUUGUAAGGGGUGCCUGCUCUUCAGGAGAGUGGAAGAGUUUCUUGUUUCCAUACCGAUGAUGGAUGUUGUGCAUCCUUCAUUGCCCAUACGGUGUAUUCGAGUGUGUUCCAGUACGUAUAGGUUAUAAUCUUAUCGUUGCGUAGGUCUCGAUAUCCCGUCCCCCUGUCCGCAUGUGACUGUCUAUCGAGAGGUCUUGUUGAUAGUGCAUUUGCCCAUUCCAACUUCAUCUCUAUGUCCCGCCGGCUCUACCAUAUAUUGCGUCACCUAUCCCCACCAACAUAUGCCCCUCCUCAGCGCCGGUCGCGGCGGGUCGACUGCGAAGACUUGUGCCUCGCCGUGCCCCUUGACCCCUUUGAUUCCCUUCCUUGUCCCCGCAUGCCCUGUCAAUAGUCCUGUCGAUGGACAGAUGUCCUCACGCACUCCGGCGCAGCUCAUGUAUGUACAGCUUUUUACGCACUGCGUGCCAUCACCCUGGAUAUGGCACCCGUGGGUUCGGCCUUUGUCUGCGACUUCCA